GUCUUCAUCUUCCAACAAUUGAUGCAGUGAAAGCCAAUUUUGAAGUAGAUGGGCAUCCCUCACUUUCUGCUGAUUCCAUAUCCAGGUGUAGGACAUGUGAAUCCCCUUAUGCAAUUGUCUGAGAUUCUUGCCACACAUGGCUGCAAGAUCACUUUUCUAAACACAGAGUUCAACCACAAUCGAAUAAAUACAGCAGAUGGUUUGGGCCCUGAAGAUGACAGAAAGGACCCCAAGAAACUUACUUUCUCAAUCAAAACUCACAUGCCUCAUAUGCUUCCCAAACUCAUACAAGAUAUCAAUGCAUUGAAUGUUAACAAUAACAUCACUUGCAUUGUUGUCACAAUGAAUAUGGGUUGGGCCCUGGAAGUUGGCCAUAAAUUGGGAAUUAAAGGAGCUGUUUUCUGGCCUGCAUCUGCCCUUUCCUUGGCCACAUGUGAUUGCAUCCCAAAGCUGAUGCAAGAUGGAAUCGUAGAUUCAGAUGGUAAAGCUUUUCAACCAAUUGCUCAAUCUGUUAUAUAUGUAGCCUUUGGUAGUUCGAGAGUAAUUGAUCACAACCAAUUAAAGGAAUUGGCUCUUGGACUUGAUUUACUUAACAAGCCUUUUCUUUGGGUUGUGAAUUCUUGCGACAAUAACAGGGUAAACAACUCAUACUCUGAUGAAUUCCACGAAAGUAAAGGCAGAAUUUUGAACUGGGCACCACAGGAGAAGAUUUUGAACCACCCUGCCAUAGCUUGCUUCGUUAGUCACUGCGGUUGGAAUUCUAGCAUUGAAGGUAUAUGUAGUGGCGUCCCUUUCUUGUGUUGGCCAUUAGUAAAGGAUCAGUUUGCGAACAAGUCAUAUAUUUGUGAUGUGUGGAAGGUUGGACUGAGAUUAGACAAGGAUGAAAAUGGAUUCGUAUCGAAGGAAGAGAUAACGAAGAAGGUGGAGCAACUGUUUGGUGAUGAAGGCAUAAAAGCAAGGUCAUUGAAACUGAAAGAAUUGACCCUGAAUAACGUAGUAGAAGGUGGUCACUCUUCACAGAAUCUGAAAAGCUUCAUCAGCUGGGCAGAGUAAUAUUGCUUUUUAGCUUUUUAGAUAGUGGGUGCAUAGAAGAAGACCAGUGAGGGAUCAAAUAGUUUCAGAGAACAGUGUUCUUUGUUGUUUCUCAAUUUUUUGGAAAUAUGAUCCAUGAGUUGUUAAAAUGAGUUCAUAUUUGAAAUCUUUUGGUUUAUUGGAAUACUGUAUCAAGAUAAGUUAGUUUCAUUU